CCCGCGUCCCCUUCUCCUUAAGCCUGCCUCUUCCGACUUCAUUGGGUUGGAUCUCUAGCAGUAUACGCAACCCCUGCUUUUUUCCGGGACUCACUUGGAAUUUACAUUCCAUUCUUUUCGAUUUUUCCGAUUUCUCAAGGAUUUUGAGUUCCCGUUUCUUUGAGGUUAAAGGUCUAUACGAAUUUUCACAAUCAGGAAUUACCCCUGCGCCCUUAGCAACAUGAUUGCAUCCUCUUCGUAAAGCCCUAACACCAUCGAUUGCUUUGGCACAGUGCUCGAUUCGAUCACAAUGUCACAGGAGGAGAUAGCAAGGGAAGCGAUAAAGCACGCACUGAAGGCUCUUCGGAAGCGGCAUUUGCUCGAAGAAGGUGCUCAUGCUCCGGCUUUUAUCGCUCUUGCGAGGCCAAUUGCUCAUCAGGGCUCAGAAUGGAAGGAGAAAGCAGAGAGUUUGGAACUCGAACUUCAGCAAUGUUACAAAGCUCAAUCUCGAUUGUCCGAGCAACUUGUGGUGGAAGUAGCAGAGUCCAGAGCUUCAAAAGCUUCACUUCAAGAGAAAGAAGCAGCAGUGGCUGAUCUCCAAAAGGAGUUAACAGAAAAAAGGGAUGAAUGCUCUCAAUUAACGACUGACUUAGAAGAGAAGAUUAAAGCCUUAGACUUGGUUGUGAGUGAGAACAAGGAAAUAAGAGCGCAGCUUGAAGAAAUGUCUAUUAGAGCUAAGAAUGCUGAGGCUGAAAGUAAGGUGUUAAUUGACCGCUGGAUGUUGGAAAAGAUGAAGGAUGCUGAACGCCUUAACGAGGCAAAUGCACUCUAUGAAGAUAUGAUUGAGCGGCUCAGGGCCAGUGGUCUGGAAAAACUUGCUAGGCAGCAAGUAGAUGGUGUGGUCCGCCAAAGUGAAGAAGGUGCUGAGUACUUUGUGGAGUCAACAAUUCCCUCUGCAUGCAAGAGCAGGAUCCAUGCCCAUGAAGGUGGUUGUGCUUCCAUAUUAUUUGAGUACAAUUCUGGCAAAUUGAUUACUGGCGGACAGGACGGGUCCAUCAAAAUGUGGGAUACAAAUACUGGGGCACUAAAUCAUACACUUCAUGGUUGCAUUGGUUCCGUUCUUGAUAUUACCAUUACCCAUGAUAAUAGAUCUAUCAUUGCAGCAAGCAGCUCAAACAAAUUGUAUGCCUGGGAUGUUAGCUCGGGGAGGGUUCGCCAUACUCUCACUGGCCACAUGGAUAAAGUAUGUGCUGUAGAUGUUAGCAAUUCGAGUCGUCAUGUUGUGAGCGCAGCCUAUGAUCGUACCAUAAAAGUUUGGGAUUUGCAGAAAGGUUACUGCACCAACACAAUUAUUUUCCCCAAAAACUGCAAUGCUCUUUGCUUCAGCAUGGAUGGACAGACCAUAUGUUCUGGGCACGUCGAUGGAAACCUUCGCUUGUGGGAUAUUGAGAAAGGAAAGCUACUCAGUGAAGUAGCUGCACAUUCAAAUGCUGUUACAUCCAUAUCUUUGUCCCGAAAUGGCAACGUUGUAUUGACAAGUGGAAGAGACAACGUGCAUAAUUUGUUUGAUAUGCGGUCUCUGGAAGUCUGCGGCACAUUAAGGGCCACCGGAAACAGAGUGGCGUCUAACUGGAGCCGGUCCUGUAUCAGUCCAGACGACAAUUAUGUUGCCGCUGGAUCUGCCGAUGGUUCUGUGUAUAUUUGGUCAAUCUCUAAGGCCGACAUUGUGAGCACUCUGAAGGAACACACUGCAUCUGUGCUGUGUUGUUCAUGGAGUGGGCAUGGAAAACCUCUAGCUUCUGCGGACAAGAACGGCAUUGUUUGCACUUGGGCGUGAAUCGUUUGGCUGAGGCCAUUUAUUCUUGUUUCCACAAGAAACAUCUCACUCAUACACAAUGUACACAAGUUUUAAUAGAUUUGGUGUAAAUAUUUGAUUGAUUCAUCUCGAAUUGUACCAUGUGUGCAGUCAUUCUUCUCUCUUUCUCAUACAGAGUUCCUGAAUAAAUUUUAUUCAUUUUU